AUGUGUGGCCCGACCGUCUUCACGGGCAGCGGUGCCCUCUGCCUCCAACAGAAGGCAAGAGAAAGAGAAAGCAGAGAGGGUGCGUCCACCGAGCGGUCCUGCCGGUCAAGGCUGGAGCUGAAGAGGAAGGACGCCUCCGCUCCCCAGACUCGGGAGGAGACUGUCCCAUACCGCACUGCCCAUCAGGGAGAAAAACGCCGGCGCCUGCUGGGAAAGGGUGAGCGGGAGGGAGGUGAGGCUCCCGGCCGGGCCAGGACGGCCCCGCGGGAUGCGGACAGCCUACGCAUCCCGCCUCAGUCGGGGUCACUGCGCAGCCGCAGCGCACAGGCUUUCCCGGUGACCGGAGCCUGCUUCCUCGCCCGGAGAAGCAGACCUGGAGAGCAAUGGCAGAAGGUCAAGGAGAACAAGUCUCUAUCAGAGGGCAUCUCAGAUUGUCCAUUCAUCAACAUGAUCACCAUCCUCACCUUCAUCACCACCAUCUUCAUCAUCACCUUCCUCAUUGUCCUCACCAUCACCUUCAUCCUAGCAUUCAUCAUCAUGACCAUUAUCACCUUCACCAUCACCAUCUUCAUCAUCAUCACCUUCAUCAUUUCACCACCUUCACCAUCACCUUCACCAUCACCAUCUUCACCAUCACCACCUUCACCAUCACCUUCACCAUCACCAUCUUCAUCAUCACCACCUUCACCAUCACCUUCACCAUCACCAUCUUCAUCAUCACCACCUUCACCAUCACCUUCAUCAUCACCACCUUCACCAUCACCUUCACCAUCACCACCUUCACCAUCACCACCUUCACCAUCACCUUCACCAUCACCACCUUCACCAUCACCUUCACCAUCACCAUCUUCACCAUCACCACCUUCACCAUCACCUUCACCAUCACCACCUUCACCAUCACCAUCUUCACCAUCACCUUCACCAUCACCACCUUCACCUUCACCAUCACCUUCACCAUCACCAUCUUCACCAUCACCACCUUCACCAUCACCACCUUCACCAUCACCAUCUUCAUCAUCACCACCUUCACCAUCACCUUCACCAUCACCACCUUCACCAUCACCUUCACCAUCACCACCUUCACCAUCACCACCUUCACCAUCACCUUCACCAUCACCAUCUUCACCAUCACCACCUUCACCAUCACCUUCACCAUCACCAUCUUCAUCAUCACCACCUUCACCAUCACCACCUUCACCAUCACCACCUUCACCAUCACCUUCACCAUCACCAUCUUCACCAUCACCACCUUCACCAUCACCAUCUUCAUCAUCACCACCUUCACCAUCACCUUCACCAUCACCACCUUCACCAUCACCUUCACCAUCACCACCUUCACCUUCACCAUCACCAUCUUCACCAUCACCACCUUCACCAUCACCACCUUCACCAUCACCAUCUUCACCAUCACCAUCUUCACCAUCACCAUCUUCAUCAUCACCACCUUCACCAUCACCUUCACCAUCACCAUCUUCACCAUCACCAUCUUCACCAUCACCUUCACCAUCACCAUCUUCACCAUCACCACCUUCACCAUCACCUUCACCAUCACCAUCUUCAUCAUCACCACCUUCACCAUCACCUUCACCAUCACCAUCUUCAUCAUCACCACCUUCACCAUCACCUUCACCAUCACCAUCUUCACCAUCACCAUCUUCACCAUCACCUUCA